CUCCAUGCUUCAGCCAUCGUCACUGCACUCUGUUUCUUCAAUCAAAAGUACCAAGACACAGAAGAGAGAUCCCGCGACCCAUUUCUCAAUUUUCUAGAUCCAAUCUCCCGGAUCUUUCCCCGUUAAAACUACGCCACCUCCAUAGCUUUCCCGGGAAAAUUUUCAGGAAGGGGAAGAAGGAACUCCUUAACCCGUUCAUUCAUUCUCCCAUGGCAAAUGGCUGGAGAAGAGAAAGCAGACACCCAAAGCUACUCUCUCCAAAGCCACUCCUGCUCCUUCUCCUCUCCCUGACCCUCCUACUACUCUUCCUCUUCCUCGCUUUCCGUUCCCCUUCAGACCCCAAUCUCACGCCAUCUCUCUCCCUCUCCAAUCCUUUCCCAAAGCCCUAUCCAAUCCCCCAAUUCAACUGCUUCGAUUCGCCCCAAGCUCACCCUGUAGUCGCCAACUUAGUCGAAAAUGUCAAUUACCCUUUCCUCUACUCGCUCCCGGAUUUCGGAUCGUUGCCCGAUAAGCCUCACAAGAACCUCGUCCGGCUGCUUAAGGGGAAGCUGUUUCGAAAGCCUGAUAUCUCCGCCACGAUUCAGGGGAUUCUGGAAGGGAUGAAGAAGGAAGGGGGAAAUGAUGGCGGGCUGGUUGUGGAUGUUGGUGCCAAUGUGGGGAUGGCGAGCUUUGCAGCUGCGGUUAUGGGGUUCAAGGUGCUGGCUUUUGAGCCUGUUAUGGAGAAUCUGCAGAGGCUCUGUGAUGGGAUUUGGUUUAAUAGAGUUGGGGAGUUGGUUACUGUUUUUGAAGCUGCUGCUUCGGAUCAUGUUGGGAAUAUCACUUUCUAUAAGUUGGUCGGGCGGCUAGACAACAGUGCUAUCUCUGCCACCGGUGCAAAACUGGCUUUCAAGUCGAAUGAGGAAGUAGCAGUUCAAGUAAGGACGAUACCUCUGGAUGAAGUGAUACCAGAUUCACAGCCUGUGCUUCUGCUCAAAAUCGAUGUCCAGGGUUGGGAAUAUCAUGUCCUCAAAGGAGCCUCCAGAUUACUCUCCAGAAAGAAGAGUGAAGCCCCAUACAUUAUUUAUGAAGAAGACGAGCGCCUGCUUCAAGCCAGCAAUAGCAGUGCCAAAGAGAUUCGAGAUUUCCUGCAGACUGUUGGCUACCAUGAUUGCACCCAGCAUGGUACGGACGCCCACUGCACCAAGAGCUAAAGUUUUUGGCAUGAUUAAUGUAGAAAGCUGAUAUUCCAGGAUUCAUUAUUCAU